AUGGAAGAGGGUUUUGAGGCAGUUGUAAGAGAGAUGGAGAGGCUAUUAUGCAGUGACUCUACAGCUGCUAGAAUGAGGGCCUUAAACGAGCUAAGGAGUUUGAAAUUGAGAUCAAACCAGUCGAUCUCGGAGUUUUGUGUCGUACUGGAAAAACUUGCGCAUAAAGCGAACCCCGAUUGUACUAUUGCGGAGAGAUCAUUAGAGUACGCACAGAUUUUAUUGGACAACUUAGGGCAUAUUGCAAGGAACUGUCCACUAGGAAGGCCCGUAGUCAGGAACAUCAAAGAGAGGAAAACGGGAUCAAACGGUAGGAAGGAAACAGACCGCAUAUCUGACAUUGUGCGGGAAGCCCAGUCAAUGGGAAUAAGGUCAGAGAAACGGUCUUCUGUAGCAAAUCUUGUCGGAGAAAAGUCAUCAGCUUCAGUAAAGAUGCUACAUGGAACAUUUCCGGCGCUUAUUGACACAGGGUCAAUGGUGAGUAUUGUCCCAGUUGGACUGCUGGAAAGAGCGCAGAAAAAAUCGGAAAUCGCGUUCUAUAUUUCCAAGGAAAAAGGGCAAGAAGUGUUGCUUGGGACGAAUGCCUUGGAAAAACUGGGAGUUCAUAUCAAGUUCCCCAAGCCAACGAAUGAGUCCAUGCAAGGAUUAAGCGACUCUGGAAAAGUAACGAUAGAGAACCGGAAGUGUGCAAUCCCUGUGAUCAAUGAGGGAAGCGAGCCUAUGAUGCUGAAAGAAGGUGAAGAAAUUGGUCAAUGGAGUACGGAGAAAUGGAAAGAAGGAUGGGAAAAUUUAGAGCCAGUGGUGUUAGACGAACUUCUAAAGUCGAGAAGGAAG